GCCUUCGAGGGGCGCCGGGAGGAUCUUGGGUCUCUGGGAGAAAAAUGGGAGAAACUGGAGGUUCACUGCUCCCUUCAUGUAAAAGGGGAGGCGAGAGGACAGGAGGUGAUUGGGUUGCAGUGAAACCCAGAUACUGCUGGACUACUUUCUGUCACCAUGGGGGAACUUUUCCGGAGUGAGGAGAUGACCCUGGCCCAGCUAUUUCUCCAGUCAGAAGCUGCUUAUUGUUGCGUCAGUGAAUUGGGAGAACUUGGAAAGGUUCAGUUUCGUGAUCUAAAUCCAGAUGUGAAUGUUUUCCAGAGGAAAUUUGUGAAUGAAGUUAGAAGAUGUGAAGAAAUGGAUCGAAAGCUUCGAUUUGUUGAAAAAGAGAUAAGAAAAGCCAAUAUCCCCAUUAUGGACACUGGUGAAAACCCAGAGGUGCCCUUCCCUCGGGACAUGAUCGACUUAGAGGCCAACUUUGAGAAGAUUGAAAAUGAGUUGAAGGAAAUCAACACAAACCAGGAAGCCCUGAAGAGGAACUUCCUGGAACUGACGGAACUGAAGUUUAUACUUCGAAAAACUCAGCAGUUCUUUGAUGAGGCUGAAUUGCAUCAUCAGCAGAUGGCGGAUCCAGACCUGCUGGAAGAGUCCUCGUCCCUUUUGGAGCCAAAUGAGAUGGGAAGAGGCACACCUUUAAGACUUGGCUUCGUGGCUGGGGUGAUUAACCGGGAGCGCAUCCCAACUUUCGAGCGCAUGCUUUGGCGAGUGUGCCGAGGGAAUGUGUUCCUGCGACAGGCUGAGAUCGAGAACCCCUUGGAGGAUCCUGUGACUGGCGACUACGUGCACAAGUCUGUUUUCAUUAUCUUUUUCCAAGGUGAUCAGCUGAAAAACAGAGUCAAGAAAAUCUGUGAGGGGUUCCGAGCCUCACUCUAUCCCUGUCCUGAGACGCCACAGGAAAGGAAAGAAAUGGCUUCUGGAGUCAACACCAGGAUUGAUGAUCUCCAAAUGGUUCUGAAUCAAACAGAAGAUCACCGCCAGAGGGUCCUGCAGGCAGCUGCUAAGAACAUCCGGGUCUGGUUCAUCAAGGUGCGCAAGAUGAAGGCUAUCUACCACACCCUGAACCUGUGCAACAUAGACGUGACCCAGAAGUGCCUGAUUGCGGAGGUCUGGUGCCCCGUCACUGACCUGGACUCCAUCCAGUUUGCACUUAGAAGGGGCACGGAACACAGUGGUUCCACCGUGCCCUCCAUUCUGAACAGGAUGCAAACAAACCAGACCCCCCCGACCUAUAACAAAACCAAUAAGUUCACAUAUGGCUUUCAGAACAUAGUAGAUGCUUAUGGAAUCGGGACUUACCGAGAGAUAAACCCAGCACCGUACACCAUUGUCACUUUCCCUUUCCUGUUUGCUGUGAUGUUUGGAGAUUUUGGACAUGGCAUUUUGAUGACCCUUUUUGCUGUGUGGAUGGUGAUAAGGGAGAGCCGGAUCCUCUCCCAGAAGAAUGAGAAUGAGAUGUUCAGCACUGUAUUCAGUGGUCGAUACAUUAUUCUGCUGAUGGGAGUGUUCUCCAUCUACACUGGACUCAUCUACAACGACUGCUUUUCCAAGUCUCUCAAUAUCUUUGGGUCUUCCUGGAGCGUGCGACCAAUGUUCACUAUUGGGAACUGGACGGAGGAGACGCUUCAGGGAAACCCCGUUCUCCAGCUGAACCCAGCUCUCCCCGGAGUCUUUGGUGGACCAUACCCAUUUGGCAUCGAUCCGAUCUGGAACAUUGCAACUAAUAAGCUGACCUUCCUCAACUCCUUUAAGAUGAAGAUGUCUGUUAUUCUCGGUAUCAUCCAUAUGAUAUUUGGAGUCAGCCUGAGCCUCUUUAACCACAUCUAUUUCAAGAAGCCCCUGAAUAUUUACUUUGGAUUUAUUCCUGAGAUCAUCUUCAUGUCCUCUUUGUUUGGCUACUUGGUUAUCCUCAUUUUUUACAAGUGGACAGCCUACGAUGCCCAUACAUCCAAGACUGCACCGAGCCUCCUGAUACAUUUCAUAAACAUGUUCCUCUUUUCCUACCCAGAGUCCGGUGAUGCGAUGCUGUACUCUGGACAGAAAGGCAUCCAGUGUUUCCUGAUAGUGGUCGCCCUGCUGUGCGUCCCGUGGAUGCUGCUGCUUAAGCCACUGGUCCUUCGCCAUCAAUACUUGAGGAAGAAGCAUUUGGGAACUCUCAACUUUGGUGGGAUCAGGGUGGGCAACGGACCGACAGAGGAGGAUGCUGAGAUUAUUCAGCAUGACCAGCUCUCCACCCAUUCCGAGGACGCGGAAGAGCCUUCCGAGGACGAGGUGUUUGACUUUGCGGACACGAUGGUCCACCAGGCCAUCCACACCAUCGAGUACUGCCUGGGCUGCAUCUCCAACACUGCCUCCUACCUGCGGCUCUGGGCGCUGAGCCUCGCUCACGCACAGCUCUCGGAGGUGCUUUGGACCAUGGUGAUCCACACCGGCCUGAGUGUGAAGAGCUUGGCCGGGGGCCUGGCUCUGUUCUUCGUCUUCGCUGCUUUCGCCACCCUGACCGUGGCCAUCUUGCUGAUCAUGGAGGGCCUGUCGGCCUUCCUGCACGCACUGCGGCUGCACUGGGUUGAAUUCCAGAAUAAAUUCUACAGUGGGACCGGUUUCAAGUUCCUCCCCUUCUCCUUCGAGCACAUUCGGGAGGGGAAGUUUGAGGAGUGAGCCCCAGCUCCCUCCCUGCCUUCCGCGGGCGAUUGUGUUCCUUUUGCCUGUGGGUCGUGAGUCCUGGGCACCAGGGCAUUGUGCCGUCCCUGCCCCAGCAGAUAGAGCUGGCCCUCCCUGCGUCUCCCAGCCUUGUGUGUAGUGUGCACAUUUCCUAGAGAGAAACUGCCUCGGACUGACACUUGUCCUCCCAGCCUCUAGCCAGCCAGCCCUGCUCUGCCCCCUGCUGGUGAGCCAGCCCAGCCCCACAAAGCCCACUCCCAGUUCCCAGAGGGGAGUACUGGUUUUCUCCCAGAAGGGGAAGCUUUUGAUGAAACACCGCCAGAAGAUGGUGUCUUUAUGCCUCCGUUCCCAUCCCCCUCCAGUGACAGCUCAUCAGGAAUUCAGCUGGCCCCAUGUGGCCCAUCAUGACUGACUCCUUGUCAUCCCAAGGGUCCCAGGACACCCAGCGCUACCCUUCUAACCACCAAGCUCCUGCUCUGUCCGCACCCAGCACAGCAUGGCACCCUUGGGAGUGCACGGGUGUGACCAGCUUGUAGGGCUUCCCUCCCUGGGAUUCACAGGUGCCCAGGCUGUGUGUGGGCCCCAACCAGCAGCUUGCCCUGGAGCAGAGUUUCAAGUGGGUGCUCUCCUGGUGCAACCCUGUGCCCUUCCCCUCCUGAUCAUGGUGUCUUGAAGCUGUGGCCACAGGCUCGCUCUGCCGGCAGGCCAGCCUUGAUCUGCCCACCUCUCCCCUCCCCAUCUCACGCUGACCGCAGCUCUCAGGAGUGGUGUCCUGGGCAGGGAAGAUCAGCAUCAUUUACAGUUUGGCGGUGACUGGUGGGGACUGUGUGGUAAGAGUUGCACAGCCCGCCUCCCACCCCCACCCCCGCCCCCGCCCCCACCCCUUCACCAGCCACUCCCGGCAGUGGAUCUUAGGCCCUCUGAAUCAUGUGCCGACUCCCUUGCGGAGGAGAAACCCUCCUCCUACUCUGACACCCCUGAGAGCUGUUCACCCACCCACCCAGGUGGGGCUGGCCCUGGCAUAACUACCCUGCCUGGCCCACUGUGACCCGACCCAACCUUGUGCAGAGUCCCCUCUCCCCUUGUGCCUGGUCUGUGCAGUGAUCUUUGCUCUGUUUCCAGUAGGGCUGAAAGCAGAGUUCUUUGUCAAGGACCCUGUCCCAAGGCCCCUCUAUCCAGACAUUCCUAUGCUGAAUAAAGUGUGGUUGACCCUCCCA